GUGAGCAGAUUUUACCAGAUAAAACCGGUAUCUGAGAGGUGUCUUUUCACUCACACUGCGGUGUUCAAGCAAUUCAUAAUUUCUUAAUAAUAAUAGAGUUAAUUUGUCAUCUGUGGACUUUGUGCCGUUGGACUGUUUUGUUGUCAAAAAGAGAAAAAAGGCUCUUCACAGAAGCAAUCAUGUGCACCCUGAUACAUGCCCACUUGGGAACGUUCAUCUUUAUAAUGAUGUUUCUUCCAGUGUCUCACUUACUGAAUGACCACGUCGUAGUGAAAGUGAGCGAUCCCGCCCGACUCACCUGCAACACACCAUGUUCCGGUGAUGUUAAAUGGAUGUUCUUGAAUCGGCCUGACCUACCUGUGCGUGAGUGUAAGUGGGGCGUUUGUACUGAAGGCCACAGUUUCAAGAACCGAACAAGGCCUGUGGAGGGACAACCAUCUCUUGAUCUGAACCCUGUCAUGUACAAUGACCAGGGCUGGUAUAGCUGCUACUGCGACAACUCUGAGAUAUGCAAAUUUCAUCUAGAAGUAGUUUUCCCUGAUCUGAAAAGCGUUUGCGUUGGAGCGAAUGUGACCAUCCCCUGCUAUGCUGACACUGAUAAGCGUAUUCCUGACAAUGACAUCAGCGUUCAGUGGAAAAAAGAUGGCAAACCUUUUGUGAAUCUUCAGCAGGGGAAGAUAAACUAUGGUCCAGGUUUCAAAGGUCGCGGCUUCAUAACAGCGAGCCAGUAUAAAAAAGGAGAUCUGUCCCUGACCAUCACCAAAGUCCAGCAGUCUGAUGGAGGAACAUACUGCUGUAUACACAGACAUGAGGAACUGGGUCAACCAGAGGCCGUCACUCUCAGCAUCAGAGAGUCUUCAGAGUGUGAAGCAGUAAAGCAGUCGACUUUGCCAUGGUGGGGAAUCCUGCUGAUUGUUGUUGCCAUUGUGGCUAGUUUUUGUGUUGGAUUUCUCUGCAGCCAUUUUAAGAGUUUUAAAUACAUUUUAAACAUUUUAAAUGUACGUCAGAAAAGACAACAGGAUGGCACUGAUGAUGAUGAUGAUGAUGAUGAUGAUCAAAUGAGGGUAAUUGUAAACAAUGAAGGAUAGUUUGAAGUACAGGAGGUGUUUGCAGAUAACAAGAUAUCUGAGAGAUUUGUGAAGAAAUGAUGAAGAAGCCUUGAAGAAAAGAUUUACCAGAUGAGCAACAGAGGUCUUACAGCGUCAACCACUAAUAAAGGAAAAAGGAUAUGACAACUGACAAGUUGGAAUCAGAAAAAGCAUUGAAGACAUGGGACUGAAAGUUCAACCAACAGUCUGCUGUAAAAAUAGGGAAUGAAGACAGCAUCUAUUUGUUGUGAGAAUGGAAACCAACUCUGGCUGCAUAUUAAAAACACAAAAUCCAUGUCUUCAGGUCCAGGGUUAUGUAAAUAACUCUGACAGGGCAGAAGGUUUUUAGAGGGCGGUGUACUGGCUAUUAAUUCUGAGGUUGAGCAGCAAAUUUUGUCUCAGCCAAAGCUGAGCUGGAGAAGCUAAGGCUAUUUAUGAUGAAUUUGUUUUGGUUUGUAUCAAAACCAAAAAGCUGGCACCAAAGGGUAACCGAGACGAAAUUUUAAAGACGACGUAACUGUCACAAAUUCAGUAAACAGCCAGCUAAUCUAAUGUUAACAAAUCUAACAUUUUAAAGGCAAAAGCAGACAUGCAACCGAUUGUAACUGAAUUGAAUUCAGUGAAUAAAAGCUAAUAAAAUCGAUUG